UUUGAAAUAGUUUGUAUUUGUUUUUAAUCAAUUAAUUUAAUUUGACUGCAUACAAACACACACAUCCCCAUCCACACACGCACACGUACACAAUAAUAGAAUGUUAGAAGAUGCGCAUGCGCGGCCGCAGAUUGCUACCAAUUGUGUUAUCGCUAAUUGUAAUCAUAAUAUUGUGCAUCAGCUACAUAUCGAAUCAUCUGCGUGAGAGCGCAGCCCGACGAGAUGAUGGCGGUGAGGGAGAGAGAGACAGAGACGAGUAUCUGGUUCACUUGCCCCCCAAUGACGACAGCAGUGACAGGGACGGGAGCAGUGAUAAAGUCACCGCCAAUCCUGUUCAGCAUACAACUGGACCUGGUCCACUCUUGAAUCUCAGCAACUUUGAUUAUCUGCUGGCCAGCGAUGUGUGUCGACGUGCCGAACGAGAGCUGCUGGCUGUGCUCAUUGUCACCUCAUAUGCGGGACACGAUGCCUUGAGGGCUGCCCAUCGUCAGGCGAUAGCUCAGAGCAAGCUGGCCGAGAUGGGAUUGCAGCGUGUCUUUCUGCUUGCUGCGCUGCCGGCGCGGGAGAAGUUCGUCACACAGUCGCAGCUGGUGGAUGAGCAGGCGCGCUUUAAGGAUCUGUUGCAGGGCAACUUUGUGGAGGACUAUCGCAAUCUGAGCUACAAGCAUGUGAUGGGACUGCGCUGGGCGGCCAGCGAGUGUCGGCAACGGAGCAAGUUCAUCAUUAAAAUGGACGAUGACAUUAUCUAUGAUAUAUUCCACUUGCGACGAUAUCUUGAAUCCCUGGAGGUGGAUAAGCCAGCACUUGCGACAAGUAGCACGCUGCUAGCUGGUUAUGUGUUGGAUGCCAAGCCUCCGAUUAGGAAUCAGGCAAACAAGUGGUAUGUCACACGUCAGGAAUACCCGCAUGCCCUUUAUCCCGCUUACCUAUCCGGUUGGCUGUACAUCACAAAUGGAGCAACUGCCGCACGUCUUGUGGCGGAGGCGGAACGCGUAUCCAUAUUCUGGAUAGACGACACUUGGCUAACGGGCAUUGUGCGCACUCGCCUCGGGAUUCCCCUCAAGCGUCACAACAAUUGGUUUUCGGCCAAUGCCGAAUUCAUCGAUUGCUGUGUCCGUGACCUAAAACUACAUGGAUACGAAUGCGAAUACUUUGCCGGUCCAAAUGGAGCCGAUGCCAAACUCUUGGUCGAGUUCUUGCACAACGUGGAGAAAUGUUACUUUGAUGAAUGCAUCAAACGACCACCUGGCAAAUCCCUCAAGCAAACCUGCCUGGCCACCGUUAAAUCCCCCGCUCCAGAGCAUGGAGUAGCUCACGUGCAACCGCUGAAGCUAAGAUGACCCCUCAAGCGGUCCACAGCCAGUCAUCACUUGGUGCCGUCCAAAUACAACAGUCUACAGCAAUUCUUAUAGAUAUACUCACAUUAAGACUAAGAUAAAUAGGCCUAAGUAUUCCAUUGUGCAAACUGACAUCAUUGUCAACACUUAAAGUAUUAAGAUGGAACAGUACACCGAGAUGUGUACUCCGUAACUUAUUAUAUAACUCAUUUUUUACUAUA